UGCAAAAUGUUUUGAAUAACUUCUAUGCACUUUUUGAGAACCAUGAUUUUUCUGAUAAAGUUAGGGAACUCAGGCAGUCGCUUGUCUCCGACAAUGACAUAGUUAUUUCUCAAGUCUGUGUGAUGGAAUCGCUACAGCGGGUCAAGGUUACAAGACGCAGGGGCUGAUGGGAUCUGUGGGCGUGUCUGGCACUGCUGUGCUGUGCAGGUGGGCGGAGUGUUUCAACAUCUUUCAACUCUCUCUCUACUCUGGCCACAUUCCAGCACUCUGGAAACUUUCCAACAUCGUCCCACUCUCCAGAAGACCUCUUCCUCGUCAACCUAAUGAUUUGCGGCCAGUACCACUAACCUCCCUUGUCAUGAAAAAUCUUGAGAAAAUUGUCAAAAAUCUCAUUUUAACAUCUAUAGAGAGUAAAUUGAACCCACUGCAAUUUGCUUAUAAGAGGGGGAGGGGUGUUGACGAUGCCAACUUGUUCAUUCUGAACACACUGUACAAACAUUUGAAGUCUUUUGAUUAUUUUCGAAGCUUGUUCCUGGCGAAGCUUACAAUGACUUGGCUCCUCGGGCUAGCUGUGUUGCUUUUGUAUCUCCUCCACAAAAUCUUCGCUUCUCGAAAAAAGGGAGUACCUCCAGGUCCCACUGGUGUUAAGCUUUUCUUUGACGUUGUGAAAGCGAUGAAAGGAGGAACUCUGCAUUUACUGGGCGAGAAGCUGGCCAGACAGUAUGGAGACAUCGUCAUGUGCAGGACCAUCAUCGGCAACUUGUGUUUUCUCAACUCGGCGAGACUCGUCAGACAGGUGUUUACCGACAAGGGAACAGAACUCGUCACCAAUGAUCGACCUCCUACUUUCUCUGGCGCUGAAGUAGCUUACAACUAUAAGGAUGUGGCAUUUGGUGAUGGUGUCAAGUCAUCAAAUUGGCUCAAGACAAGAAAACUCUUUCAUUCCACUCUCAAGUUCUAUGGAAGCGGUGUGGAAAAACUUGAGAGGACGAUGCAUUCAGAGUUAAGCCGCCUAAGUGAGGACCUGGAGGAACUAAUAAAAAUGUCGGGUGAAGAUGGUUGCCAACCACUAGGAGAGAGCUGUGACCUGAAGAUUGAAAAUUUCUUGUCCAGUUCCAUUCGGCGUGUUAUAGCGAUUUUGAUCACAGGUGAAGCCCAAGGACCAGAUUCUAAAGUGCCGGAGCUGAUUGGAGACUAUGCCCUGUGUAUACAGAAAGUGGCAUCGCCGACUACUGAUAGCCUCGUGUACAAUUUUCCAUUCCUGCGCUUUCUUCCUGGAACCUACUACAAGCAGCUGUGUGACAAGACCCUCAAAUGCCGGAACGCCCUCAUGGAACAAGUCUUCACCAAAGGAAAGGCAAAUCACGUGCCUGGUCAACCGAAGGGAAUGCUGGGUGUUCUAUUCGAAGAGCAGAUGAAUAACAGCAGAGACUGGCUUACAGAUGACCACAUCCGUGCAUUGAUUCUUGACAUUGUUGGCGGAGGGUACGUCACUUCAACUGAGUUGCUGAAAUCAUUUUUCCUGUACCUGACACACAAUCCUCAAGUCAUGAAGAGGAUUCAAGAAGAAGUGGACAGCGUCAUGGGACCCAGACUGCCCUCCUUUGAUGACAGGAAAGCCAUGCCUUUCACAGAAGCGGCCAUAUUGGAGGGACUACGUGUUGUUUCCGUUCUUCCACUAGGUCUUCCUCAUUUGACGAGAGAGGACGUCUCGACUGGUGGUUUUUACCUCCCAAAAGGGACGAUGCUAUUGGAGAAUGUUUGGUGGAUGAAUCGGGACCCGACAGCAUGGGAGGAUCCUGAGGUCUUUCGUCCUGAUCGUUUCCUAGACGACGAGGGUCAGUUACUACCCGCUACACAUCCCACACGAAUGAGAUUUCUUCCCUUUGGAGUUGGGAGGCGGAGUUGUUCAGGCGAGAACUUCGCGCGUUCUCGGGCCUUCCUCUACGUCACAACGCUCUUACAGCAGUUCGACUUCCUCCCGCCUGUCAACCAUGACUUGCUUCCCCUGACACAGGAUUCGUGGACAGAUGGGAUCGUCCUGCAGCUCAAACCAUACCAUGUGGCGAUAAAGAAAAGGUCACUGUCGUGAUGAAGCAACAUGUUGACAUAAAGCAAAAGAAUAAAUGGUGCCAGACUGAACUAUUUUUUGUCUGACGUGUAUUUUGUUUCUGCUCCAAUAUUCAGCUACGCUCCGUCAAAAGCUUUCAAUAAUGGAGC